AUGAAAAGUAAAAACGAAAGCCUUAAGGGUUUUAAAAGUAAAUAUACAAUAUUUUGUUGAAUGUAACAAUCAAUUUAUUUAUUUAAAUAAGUUUUUAUUUAAAUUAUUCAAUUUGUAGCACUAUGGCUUCAAUUUGACGAAGAAACUAUUGACAAACAUCAACUAUUUUUUAAAGAGCAUUCAAUUAGAAACCAAGACUCGAAAUAUCCCAAAGGAAGAACACUAUUUAUGUUAAAUAUUCCUCCCUAUAUUACACAUAAAAUUUUAAAAGUUGUAUUCAAUAAUUUGUGUGGAAUUGUGUCUAAAGUUUAUUUUACAACUCCAAGGGGAUUUAAAGCAGCAUACAUAGUCUUUGAAAAAGAAUCUACUUUAGAAAAAGCGUUAGAAAUUUGUGAUGGACAUGUAGUAACAUUAAAUAAAUGGUGCUUCAAAUACAAUCGUGCUUCACUGCAUAAUGAAAAAGUAUUAAAAAAGAAGAUUGAAGCUUAUAUGCAAAAUUAUGACCAAAAAAUUGCUGAGAAGAUAGCAAAAGAAAAAGCAAUGGAAGAAGAAGCAGAGAAUGAUGGUUGGGUAACUAUUACAGGACGAAAAAAAAGAGGACAAUUUGCACUUUCCAGAAAAGAAUCCACAAUUAACAAAGUGCAAUACAAAGAAGAACAAAAAAAUAAAAAAAAACAAUUGCUUAACUUUUAUACUUUCCAAAUUCGUGAGAGUAAAAAACAAAGUAAGUUUUACAUUAUAUGAGCUUCAAUGUUUAUGUAUAAUUUCCAUAUUUCAUUAAAUUUUUUUCUACAGAUUUGGCGGAAUUACGAAAAAAAUUUGAAUUAGACAAAAAAAGAUUACAAGAUCUAAAAUCUAAGAGGACAUUCAAACCAUUUUAA